GCUUCAUCAAUACCCAUCUUUAGAGAGUUGAAACAUACCCAAAAACCGAUUAAGUAACAGAAAUACUCCCCAUACUUUUAUUAAUGAAAGCCCCAAGCUCUCGUCUCUUUCAUUCGCUUCUGGUCCCUGACAGCUACAGAUCUUAUCAUCCUUCAAGAAUUUUGCUAUUUGGUGAUGGUAGAUCUUCUUGAAUUCUUGACUUUAAAGUCAGUGGAGGUUUCUUUUUCCCAUUAAUAGGUGGUUGUUUGAUUAAGCAAUCUUACCAACCGCCAUUGGAGUCUGGAGUUAAUCUUAAGCUAUGGUUCUUGGACUGAGGUCAAAAACCAGAAAGGGGAGUUCUGUUCAGGUUGAUUUCAUCAUCUAUAUAGAGGAUCUCAAGCCUUGGCCUCCAUCAAAGUCUCUCAAAUCUGUCCAAUCCGUGUUGUUUGUGUGGGAAAAUGGCGAGCAGAACUCUGGGUCAUUUGUAUCUGAUGUUGGAGACGCCAGCAUUCUAUUCAACGAGUCAAUCACUCUCCAAGUGACUUUAGCCAGAGAUAAAAAGGUUCAAGAUGGAUUCCAGAAGAAUUUCUUGGAUUUUUACCUAUAUGAGCCACGGAAGGACAAGGCAAGUAGAGGCCAGCUCUUGGGGACUUGUGUAAUUAACCUUGCUGAUUUUGUGGCUGCCGAGAAGGCCGUUAGCAUCUGCACCCCAGUGAACUGCAAAAAGAGUUCUAGAAGCUCGGAGCAACCGUGCCUAUAUAUUACCAUUCAUGCAUUUCAUAAUGAUAGCUCGAAUUCAUCGCCCAAACAGAGCUUAUCGAAUGGGCAAGCAUCUGUUGCGGACUCGGUGAAUGAAGAAAAUGAUGAUGGAUGUGAGAUUGCCGCUUUCACUGAUGAUGAUGAUGAUGAUGCCUCAUCGCGCUCAUCACAGAAUGUCUCUUUUUCUACUUUGAGAAAUUCUAGAGGUCCAACUCAACACUCUAUGAACGGCGUUGAACCUAUGAAUAAAAGGUUGGGUAGGCAGAAUACCGGUCCUGCUACAAUUUCAGGAUUGAUUGCUUUGGAGAGAUCAUCCCUGAAUGCUAAAAACCCCAUAAAUGAUCACAGUUCAUCCUCUAAGCUUUCUGAGAGAAGCAUGACAUCUGUUCAAAAAAAGUUUGCUAACCCUAUAGCUGAAUCUUCUUCUUCAUUCACGAGAUCCGGAGGUACAAAUGGGAAUCCAUCAAGCACCAAAAGAUGGUUUGAGCAGCUAGAAUCUAAAAAGGAUGUCGAGCUCUUGGAUGAAGUGCAACAUUUCUCAGAAAUGAAAUUGGAUACAAACCCUUCGCAAGAUGAAGGAAACAAAACUAACCGGAUGAGUGAGGGUCUAAAUACAAACAAGAGAGAACAUGCAAAUGGAAUGCUGAACCACUCUAAGUCUCUCCAGCCAAAUACCACGGCCAGCAAGAGUUUGUUUACUGGUGGGACCCAUAGCACAAAGGAAAAGACAGCUUUGGCUAAGUCGCCACAUGGGCUUUUCGACCGUAAGAAUGAAUGGAAGGUGAAAGUGGAGAUGCUCGAGGAAGAACUGAGGGAAACUGCAGUUCUUGAGGUCAGCCUUUACUCUGUUGUUGCUGACCACACAAGCUCUUCAAGCAAGAUCCAUGCUCCAGCUCGUCGCCUCUCUAGGUUUUAUCUUCAUGCGUGCAAGAUGAAGUCUCGAGCUAAACAGGCUAUUGCUGCACAAGCUGCCAUUGCAGGUUUAGUUUUGGUGUCUAAAGCAUGUGGAAAUGAUGUUCCGAGGUUAACUUUUUGGUUGUCCAACUCGGUCAUGCUGAGAGCAAUUGUUAGCCAGGGUGCUGUGGACAGAGUAGAAACACAUAGCAACACAAGCACAUCUGGUGCUGCUGGGAGGUCUCUGAACCAAAGAAACAGUCUUUUCUCAGCAAAAGAAUCAAAGAAGAGUCUAAAAGAAGAUCAUAAUGACUGGGAAGAUGUGACAACUUUUGUCCUUGCACUUGAACAACUUGAAUCUUGGCUGUUCUCUCGGAUAGUUGAGUCUGUGUGGUGGCAGACUUUGACUCCACACAUGCAAACCAGCAUUGCGACGACCAGUGAUAGGCCUAUGGUCUCUAAUUCUAAGAAGGGAAGAAAACCGGGCUUAGGGGAACAAGAACAAGGUAACUUCUCUAUAGAGCUCUGGAAGAAGGCUUUCAAGGAUGCUUGUGAAAGGCUGUGCCCGGUUCGAGCGGGAGGAAAUGAGUGCGGUUGUUUGCCAGUGCUUGCAAAAUUGAUAAUGGAACAGUUGGUGAGAAGACUGGAUGUGGCAAUGUUCAACGCAGUCCUUCGCGAAUCAGAUGAUGAAAUGCCAACGGAUCCGGUGUCUGAUCCCAUUAGUGAUGCUAAGGUCCUUCCAAUCCCUCCAGGAAAAUCAAGCUUUAGUGCUGGGGCACAACUCAAGAAUGCCAUCGGGAAUUGGUCGAGAUGGCUUUCAAAUCUAUUUGGGAUCGAAGAGAGUGAACCUCGUUCCAAUUGCAACUCGGAUGGCAAGCAGCAUGAGCGCUCCAAGCCCUUCAGACUCCUGAAUGAGUUAAGUGAUCUGAUGAUGCUUCCAUUUGAGAUGGUUGCUGAUCCACAAACUCGAAAAGAAGUUUGCCCCACGUUCUCUCCCACAUUGGUCAAAAGGGUCCUUAGCAGUUUUAUUCCUGAUGAAUUCUGCCAAAAGCCAAUUCCUCAAGAAGUCUUUGAUGCCCUUGAUACAGAGGAUGACAUGGAUGCAAGUGGAGAGUGUCUUUUGGGCUUUCCCUGCAGUGCCACUCCCAUUGUCUACUCAUCUUCCCUCGCGGGGCCCACGGGAGAUGUCGUCGGGUCGGCCCGAUCUCUUUCGCUCGUUGGCUCUUCGUCGUCAGUCGUGAAAAGAUCGUACACUAGCGACGACGAGCUGGACGAGCUGGACUCCCCAUUUUCUUGCAUUAUGGCCCACAAAUCCCGGGGCUCCCCGGGUGCCCGAGGUAAGGGGAGCCGCGGGACGGUGCGGUAUCAAUUGCUCCGACAAGUGUGGAGAGACGACGACGAACAAUGAUCGAAAAGAAAAAUUUGUUGAAGAGUGAAAUGUAUAUUUACAUUUAGUAUAUAGAUGAUGAAAAUGCUAGUGUGCUUAGUAUAUACGGAGUUUUUUUUGUUUUGGAAAAAGGGCAUUCAAAUAACGGAGUACUUCCAUUCUAUAGGGGCAUUAUUGUGU